AUGCCACCAGUAUCGAUAUCCCUCCCCUCACACGUCGCACAGCCGUCCCCCAAGACAUGCUCGGUCACCGUUACAAGCAUUCCCUUAACAUCACCGUCGAACACGGAACCCAAUCUCUGCUCCUUUUGCUCCCUGAUCGACUUCUCUUUGCUUCGUUACCCCACAACUACCGAUCUCCUCUCUCUCAACGACGGCAACCCAGCACCCCAAGACCUCAGUCCCUUCAAGCGCAACCCAUAUGCCAAAGUCGAGCCAACAUGGUCUCUGGGCCUACUUUCCCGCAUCCACAAAUCUUCCUCGUCCUGCGAUCUCUGCCACGCCAUACGUACCGUCCUAGACCAACAGCCGCACGUCCGCGCCACCCUCACCAAUAUGGGCGUAAAGGAUCCAUUGGUCUUGGGCACGGUAGCCCUUUGUGGGAGAUUGUCGGCGCCAGAGGGGGCCUCGUGGUUGGAGCACGAUGACAAGUAUGGUGGGCUGAAGGAAAGGGAUUGCUUCUUCCUCAGACGGUUGGGACUGCUGUUUCGGCCGGCCGACAAAGACGAGGAUGUGAAUGUGCCGGGUAUGGCCAAGAAGAUAGAAAGCUGGUUUUCUGUGAUGGAUAGCUUCCAGACUAUGAACACUGCUAUUCCAAGGGGUUUUGAGGUUGGAGCUGAAGACAGAAAAGGGGUGCUGAUGGGAGACGAGGAGAACCCAGAGACAGUAUGGUUUGCAGGACGGAAGAGACCAGAGAUGAUUGACAUCGGCUUGAUCAAACAAUGGCUCGGGGAGUGCUUGGAGAAACACAAGGACAUCUGUGGGAUUAGUGAGGAGGUGGAUGAGGAUGAUGAUCCAGAUUUGGUGGAACAGAUGAGGCGUUUGAGUUGCAUCGUCACCAAGUACAACCUCUACGACGUCGACAUGUCCGCCCUCAAGUUUGCUUCACUCAGCUACGUCUGGGGUGUCACUCCACAGAAACUUGUCCUUCUUAUCGAGAACGAGUAUGAGCUCCAACGGCCCAACUCUCUCGUUGGCAAAGUCUCCAAGACCAUCUCCGACGCCAUUCACUUGACCGAACAACUCGGGCUCAAAUACCUCUGGGUCGACGCCCUCUGCAUCAUCCAGAACUCCGACGAUGACAAGGUCAUGCAACUGGGCAACAUCGCCAAUGUGUACGCCCACUCUUUGUUCACCAUUAUUGCGGCGGCAGGGGACGACUCCAACUUUGGUCUUCCCGGCAUCCGUACCCCCCGUGAUGCAGUCCAAGAGGUAGUCCCCGUCAUCCCGCCAUCAGACACCAACCCUGGAAUGUCCCUCAUCACUGCUCUCUCCCCUACCCACCAAUCCCAUGAACAUCCAACCCGCAAGGCCAUCUGGGCCUCUCGCGGGUGGACACUUCAAGAACGGGCCCUCUCCCGACGUGCCAUUUUCAUCAUGAAGAACCACGUCCUCUGGUCCUGUUCCCGCUCUCACUACUCGGAGGAAUCCUGCUGCGAGACCGAUACCCUCGGCACCCUAGCGUGGUUCGGCCUGCAAGAGUCUGACCCCAUUCUCAACUCCUCCGAACGAACAUGGUACACCGAAGACGUCCCUGAAGAGCAAGUCUGGUACAAGUUCCAACGCUUGGUGCAAGACUACUCCGGUCGCAAUCUGAAGUUCCAAGGCGAUGCCCUCGAUGCUUUCAGUGCAGUGGUGGAACAAGUCCGCAGAAUGACUGGAGAGAACUUCCUCUGGGGCAUGCCUAGCGGGCGAUUCGAGCUUUGUCUCUGCUGGGAGCCUUAUCGGCGAGGUCUCAAAAGGAGAGAGGAACUGAGCACGCUGGAGAUGACCAGUUUCAAGCGGCAUGUUCCCUUCCCAAGUUGGUCGUGGCUGGGAUGGUCCGGAGCCAUCUUCCUGAAAGUGCAGGACCGCGAGCUAGAAGUCGGCCUCAACCCAAAGGUGGUCUGUUUCGUUCUGCGCAACCACCCACUGCGCGUGUUCCCGGUCCGAAGAAUCUCAGUCGACAAUGACCCCGAACGGGCCAACUCGUGGGCCAUUCCCAACGUCACCGACAGCAAGUACUCGGUUACCCUAGACGACAUCUACGAUAACCUCCCCUCCAUGACCCCCGAAGUGCUGCUUGAUACACCAGAUGACCAGCUCAUCUUCUUCUGGACCGAGUCAGCGCGCUUCAAACUGUCCGAGCUCAAAGUGCAGGGACCGUCUAUCUUGCAGGAGAACCCGUUGCAGGUGAAGGAGUAUACCAAGUACUAUCGAGAGAUUCUAGACGACGAUGGACAAGUGGUGGGGAGGACGCAUCCUUGCGAUCCGACAGCCCAGGAAAUUGGAGUGGAUGAGAAAGGUGACGGAAAAUGCGAGUUCAUCCGCAUUGCGAACAAUUAUCUUCCGUUCUGCGACCCGGAAAAGUUGGUGAUGCAGUUACGGAGGGGUACAGGGAAGUACAACAAGGACGUGAGAUAUCGUGUCAAUGUGGCGGAGAUCAAGAAGGAGGCGUGGAAGCAGGUUUAUGAGAAGAGAGUAUUAGUUGCAUUGGGUUGA